AUGCAAAAAUGGGAUUUGUUAAGAAACCCAGAAAAGCAUAUUGAAACAAUUCUUGAGUCAAGAUCACAAAAGGAUGUGGAAGACAACCGAAUGAGGCUUAAGGCUGCAAUAGAGGCUGUUAGAUUGCUAGCUAAUCAAGGAGCUCCUUUUAGAGGGCAUGAUGAAUCCGAAGAUUCCUUGAAUCAAGGAUAUUUUAAGGAAGUCAUAAAAUCCUUUUCAAGAAUGAGUGUGGAGGUGGAGAGAGUUGUUUUAGGAAAUGCUCCUAGAAAUGCCAAGUACACUAGUCCAACCAUUCAAAAGGAGCUCCUAAAUAUUCUUGGUAACAAAGUGAGGGGCAAGAUACGUGAUGAAGUUGGGAAUUCCAAGUAUUGUAUUCUUGUUGAUGAAGCAGUUGACACUUCUAGUAAGGAACAAAUGGCAAUUAUUCUGAGAUUUGUUGAUUCUCAAGGCCUGAUUCGAGAAAGAUUUUUUAAGAUUGUGAGUGUUCCUAACACUACCUCACAAACUCUUAAAAAUGAGAUCUCGAAAGUACUUACUAUGUAUAAUCUUCAAGUGAGAAAUAUGCGUGGUCAAGGGUAUGAUGGUGCUAGUAAUAUGAGGGGUAUUUUUAAUGGAUUGAAAUCAUUGUUUCUUCAAGAGUGUCCAUAUGCAUAUUUUGUGCAUUGCUUUGCUCACCGUUUGCAGUUGACAUUAAAUGCUACAGCUCAAGGGGUGCAUGACAUUUGGGAAUUCUUUUCUACCUUGAGUUUUAUUGUGAAUUUUCUUGAUUCUUCUGCUAAGCGGCAUUCUCCAUUAAAAGAGGUGAGAAAGGAGGAAAUUGCAAAUUUGGUAGCUUGUGGGGAACUUCAAACAGGUAGUGGUGCUAACCAAAUUUGUACUUUGCAACGAGCUGGUGCUACUCGUUGGAGUUCACAUUCCCGUUCUAUUAAGGCUCUUAUUGAAUUGUUUAGUUCAGUAAAGAUAACUCUUACUGAUAUGGUUGAUCAUGCACCUAGGGAAUUGCAAGGACAAGCUAAGUUGAGUGAGUUGAAUAGAAGGUUCUCAGAAGAAGCAUCAGAACUCCUUAUACUUAGUUCAACUCUGGAUCCUCAUGAUAACUUCAGGAAUUUUAAAUGUGAAGAUGUUUGCAAUCUUGCAAAGCAGUUUUAUCCUGAAGAUUUUGAUGAUGGUGAAAUGUAUGCUCUAGAAUCAGAGUAUGCAUUUUAUGAGAUAGAUAUGCGUGGUGAUCCUAAAUUCAAAAAUAUGGAGUCCAUUUCUGACUUGUGCCGCACCUUGGUUCAAACAAGGAAGUCUGAAUUUUUCCCUAUGCUUUAUAGAUUGAUUUGUUUAGUUUUGACUAUUCCUGUCUCUACUGCUACCACUGAAAGAGCAUUUUCAGCUAUGAACAUCAUUAAGAAUAAACUUAGAAGCAAAAUGGGAGAUGAGUAUCUUGGUGAUUGUAUGGUCCUUCACAUUGAGAAAGAGUAUGCUGAAUCUGUUACCAAUGAGGAGGUGAUUAAAGAGUUUGAAGCUUCAACUCGUAGAGUUAAAUUUAGUUAG